UCAGUCUGCCGGGUCUGCAGCCCCCCGCCUCAUUCAGUGUGUGUGCUCAGGUUAGGAGGGGGACAUCCAGCAUGUUGGACAACGAGGACUUCGUGUCGAACACUUCCCCGCGGGAGCUCACUCAGAACCCGCUCCAGAAGAUCUGGAUGCCGUGUCAAAACGGCCACAUAGCGCAGAGACGGGUCUGUAUGACCAAUUGCCCGACGCUCAUUGUGACUGUGGGACUUCCAGCCCGAGGGAAGACUUACAUUUCGAAGAAGCUCACACGCUACUUGAACUGGAUCGGUGUGCCAACCAAAGAGUUCAAUGUCGGCCAGUAUCGGAGGGAGUGUCUGAAGAUCUACAAGUCCUUUGAGUUUUUCCGUCCAGAUAAUGAAGAAGGUUUAAAAAUCAGACGUCACUGUGCAAUGGCAGCUCUCAAUGAUGUUCGGCAGUACCUGUGUGUUGAAGGAGGGCAGGUGGCGGUCUUUGAUGCCACAAAUACAACAAGAGAAAGAAGAGGAACCAUCGUGAAGUUCGCCGAUCAGAACGGGUUCAAGGUGUUUUUUGUGGAGUCUGUGUGUGAGGACCCAGAUGUCAUUGCACAAAAUAUAGUGCAAGUGAAGUUGGGAAGCCCAGACUACAUUCACUGCAACACAGAGGAGGCCGUCGAGGAUUUCAUGGAGAGAAUCAAAUGUUACGAGUCGUCCUACCAGCCUCUGGAUGAGGCUCUGGACAGGGACCUGUCCUACAUAAAGAUCAUUGACGUGGGCCGUCAAUACCUGGUGAACCGUGUUGCUGAUCACAUCCAGAGUCGAAUCGUCUACUACCUGAUGAACAUCCACAUUACGCCACGCUCCAUCUACCUGUGUCGUCACGGCGAGAGUGACCUCAAUAUCAAGGGACGCAUCGGGGGAGACUCUGGUUUGUCUAACAGAGGGAAAGAGUUUGCCAAAAGUCUGAGGAAAUUCCUCCAGGAGCAGAAUAUCAAAGAACUGAAGGUGUGGACCAGCCAGAUGAAGAGGACAAUCCAGACCGCAGAGUGCCUUGGAGUGCCAUACGAACAGUGGAAGCCUCUCAACGAAAUAGAUGCUGGCGUGUGUGAGGAAAUGAAGUACGAAGAGAUUCAAGAGCAUUACCCCCUGGAGUUCGCACUGAGAGACCAAGACAAGUACCGCUACCGCUAUCCUAAAGGAGAGUCCUAUGAAGACCUGGUGCAGCGACUGGAGCCGGUGAUCAUGGAGUUGGAGAGACAAGAGAACAUUCUGGUGAUUUGUCACCAAGCAGUGAUGCGCUGUCUUCUUGCAUAUUUCCUGGACAAGUCUGCAGAUGAGUUGCCUUAUCUUAAGUGCCCUUUGCACUCAGUAUUAAAGUUGACCCCCAUGGCUUACGGAUGUAAAGUGGAGUCUGUCUAUUUAAGCGUGGAUGCUGUGAACACCCACAGAGACAGACCAGAGAAUGUGACGGUGCUCCGCAGCACCGAAGACGCCCUGCUAACAGUCCCAGCUCACUUCUGAUCUCCCGCACUUCCUGUUACAGCUGAGACCUCGUCCGACAGAGUCAUCGUAACGGUGAUGCUCCCCAUCUGUCACUGAUCCGGAGAAAUGAGCAUCUCCCCAGACUUCAACUAUAAAGCACUUUGAGUAAAUACGAUCCAUUUUUAUACAUCUGUUUGCUGUGAACUGUAAUGGUCCUGUAGCCCGAAAACGCCAAUAUUUUUUUAUAUGUAGUUUAGUUGUCCUUGUAAUAUUCCCUUCACUUUGUCCGUCUUUUCUAGUGGAUUUUGUUUAAAUCUACUUUUUGGGCUCUUUGUAUAUCGCCAGGUGCUUUCUGUGUUUGUGAUGUUUUCCCUUGUAUGAGGAACAUGUACUAUAACCCCCAAAACACCUUUGAUCAAUGUCCUUAAUCCCUGAAGGAACAAACGAAUAUUUACAUUUUUGUAAAAGAAGAACAUCUUUUUCCUGGUUAUCAAUUUAUAGUUUAAAAAAGAACCAGCUUGUUUGUUGGGUUUGCCUACUUUGAUUUCAGCUGGUAAAAAACAUUCCAAAGGUGCAAACAAAAAAAAGUCACCUUAAAAAGUGGAACUAGCAUUAUAAAUGCAACCAUUUUCUGACAUAUGUGCAGUGAACAGUCCAUUUGUUAGUUACACAUAAUGACAAAGCCAAUAUAGGCUGACAUUUUUGUAGAUUUGGAAAAACUCACAUUUCAUUUUUUCAGAAGUAGUCAGAUAUUUUGCUGUGACACUUGAAGUUUAGCUCCUUUAGCAUCUCCUUCAACCUUUGCUUGUCAGAUGUGAGAAGAGGAGUGCGUGUGCAUGUCCAACAAUUUAAUUGACAACAGACAGAAUCAAAUCAAGAUGUAGAAACAUUCCACAUGAAACACUUCAUGGGAUAUUUCGGUUUUUACUUUUUAGUACAUUUGAAAACCCUUAAAAUUGAGUCUAGAUUGAAGCAAGAAAAUGUUUUUUUAUUCAGCAUGAGGCUGGGCAAGACAAAAUAUGUAGUGAAGGAGUAGUGAACUUUCUGAAUGCCCUGCAGCUCCUGCUCUUUAAUUCAAACAGACUUCAGAAAAAGGAACCUUAUUGGGUUUCAGUCUUUAAGAAAUUAAGUAAAAGUUAUAUCACAAAUCUUCAGUCAUAAGUGUGACACUUAACACUGUACGACUAAUAAUAUAUAAUAAUUCUAUCAUCAAUCAAGUACCUGGUUGUAUUUGGAUUAUAAAAUAAGGUACAGUAUACACUGUACAUGCACGUUUGUUUGACGUAAGUUGUGUGUGAAAAUAAUAUGUAUUAUAUUUGUCUUUUUUGAAAAGUGUACACUUUCUGUAAUAUUUUACAUUUGAUAUUGUAUAUAACAGAAAAAUAUUCUCAAUGCCUUGUUUGUGGUCAGACGUCAUGAUCUCAAUAAACCAGUGAUGUUUAUGGAGAGAGACAGAGCUGCUGUCAAUAAAACCACAACAGAUUAAAAAAAGAAAUCACCAAAAUAC